AUGUCUGAUUUAUUGAAAUAUGAGAAAAUUGGGAAUAUUGGGGAGGGAGCUUUUGGAAAGGCGAUACUUGUAUUGUCAAAAGCAGAAAAUAUACAUAGAGUGAUGAAAGAAAUCAAUAUUCGCAAAAUGUCACUCAAGGAACGGGAAGAAGCCCGAACAGAGGUUUCUGUUUUGUCAAAAAUGAAUCAUCCAAAUAUUGUACAAUAUUGUGGUUCAUUUGAAGAAUCCGGCUGGUUAUAUAUCAUCAUGGAAUAUUGUGAUCAAGGCGAUUUAUACACAAAAAUCAAUAAACAAAAUGGUGUCCUAAUGCCAGAAUCAUUGAUUUUAGAUUAUUUUGUACAAAUUUGUUUAGCAUUAAAACAUAUUCAUGAUCGAAUGAUUUUACAUCGGGAUAUUAAAACACAAAAUGUAUUUCUCACCUCAAAAGGACGUUUAAAAUUAGGCGAUUUUGGCAUUGCUAAAGUAUUAAAUCAUACAUUGGAUUUAGCAUGUACAUGUAUUGGGACACCGUAUUAUUUAUCGCCGGAAAUUUGUGAAAAUAAACCAUAUGAUCAUAAAAGUGAUAUAUGGGCAUUGGGGUGUGUCCUAUAUGAAAUGACCACGCUGAAACAUGCUUUUGAGGCGGGUAAUAUGAAAAAUCUUGUGUUGAAAAUUAUACGUGGAACUUAUCCACCUGUUUCAACGAAAUAUAGUUAUGAAAUACGAAGUUUAAUUUCCCAAUUAUUUCGUCGAAAUCCAAGAGAUAGACCAAGUAUUAAUACAAUUUUAAAGAAACCAUUUUUAUCAAAACGUAUUUAUCGUUAUUUAACAGAAUCAGAAAUGGCCGAAGAAUUUAGUCAUACAGUUAUUCAUCAACAUUCAAAACGUAAAAAUGAUCAACUCUCAACAAAUAUCAGUAUGAUCAAUAAAAAUUGGAAACAACCAUUGCAACCACAGCAGCAACAACAGCAACAACCAUUUCCAGUAGUUAAAAAGUGUAAAUUAAGUGAACCAAUAAGUUAUCGGCCAAAUAAGAAAUCAGAAAAUACUAGUAAUAUUAAUGACAGUAAUUCACAAAGUACAAUUUCUGAAUGUGAACCGAAACGUCGUGAAUCAAUGAUCGAUGUGAAUCGUAGGAAACAUAGAGAGUUGAUUGAAAAACAACGAUUGGAAGCUCGAAAUAAAUUACGAGAACAAGGUUGGAAACACUUGCUAGAUGAUUCACCUGUAUGCAUUUCACCUGAAGUAAAUGAGAAAAAUAUGAUUAAUGUGAUCAAUGCAAACCCUAAACAAAAUGAUGUGUAUUAUCAUAAACCAACUGUAAAUCAUUCCACUGAUCAACAAUCAUCAUACGAUCUCAGUCGAUCGUCGACACCAAGUAUGGUUGUAGCUGAUGCAUUUAUGAAAUAUAAACAAGAAAAAGAGCGUAUGCAACACCAACACCAAAACCAACAACACUACCAACAACAACAACCAAUGAAAUGUCAUGAUUAUGGGAAUCAUUACAAUUGCGUUAAAAACUCCGUCGUUUUACCUCCGACUCCAACUCCUGCUCCUCCUACUCCUGCUCCUCCUCAACCAAUCCACACAAUCGCCAUGCCUAUGCCUUCACAUUCUCAUGCAGCUGUAGUAGUCGCGUCAGUCAACAAUGUGCAAAUACCAUCCACAUCUCAAAUGAUCAACAUGAAACCAUGCCAUCAUGUACAACCAUGUCGUCAACAAGCUGUGGUACCACCAAUUAGACCGAAUGAUAUUUGUCCUGUACUUUAUCAAUGGAAUAAUGAUAGCAAUAUUACCAAUAAUACAAAUACUACUACUACUAAUGAUACUACUACUCAUAACGAUUAUCAUCAUCAUCGUCAUCAUAAAAGCAAUAUCAUGAACAAUGGUGGUGGUUGUAGUAGCAGUAGCAGUAGUAGUGCUAGUAGUAGUAGUCGGCAUAAUGAUCCAUGUUGCAGUGAGAAUGAUAAAUAUAAUAAAAACGAUCCAUCUCAUUCGAAUUACUCAAUACCGUACAUUUCAACUGUACGUCGAAAUGAACAAAUUACAUCGGCAAUUAAACAAACAAAAAUAGUUGAGGAUUUUAUCGCGCUUCGUCAACAAGCAGCAAAGAAUCGUGCACGUGGUGCUGGUGACGUGACGGGUGUAGCUAGUAUACUCGGUGGUUCACCGUUUGUCAAUCAUAAUGAAAGAGAACGAAUACUUGAGCAUCAAAGAGAAUUAAAAGCUUUAGAAGAGAAACGAAAAAGAUUCGAAGCAUUAAAACAACAAGCAGAAGAACGUGCUCAGAUAUUAAAAGAACAUUUAGAUCGUCGAAAAAAACUAGAAGAAGAAGUAGAAGAAGAAGAAGAAAACGAGACUGUAUUAGAAAGAAAACAUCAAAUGUCCAAGGUUGAACAAUUUGAAAGAUUGUGUAAACAACCGCAAUAUAACAUGAUACAGAAGCCAGAUGAAAAUAAAUACACCAUCGAUCCAAGUGGUGAAUCAAAGCCAUCCUGCACCAAUAAUAGAAUUAUUAUCAAUUCGGAACAACCAUUGAAUGUGCCUAGUAUGAGUAUGUUACUUGAAGAGCUGCAUGAAAUGCCUACGUUGAGAAAAAUCGAUAUUUCUCCUACUAAUAACAAUGAUGAUCAUGAUCAUGAUCAUGAUCAGAAUAAUUUGGCAGGAUUCAAUCAAACUCCAGGCAAUGAUGAUGGUGAUGAUGAUGAAGGUGUUGGUGGUGAUGGCGAAGGAGAUGGAGAUGGUGAAGAAGACGAGAAUUCCAGAGUUACUGAAGAUGAUUCAACUUCCAAUUGUAGUUCGGUUCAUUCUUCCAAUGUUAUGCAUAAAUGCAAUGCAAUCCGUCAUAGAAAAGAUCAUAUUCUCCGUAGGCUGAAUGCAAAAUCCAUAGAUACACGUGGAAAAUGGACAAAAUCUUCUUCGCCUCAUUUUAAAAAUUAUCCUAUUGAUCAAAAUCAAAGCGAUACUACUGCUACUACUACUAAUACUACUACAACCACAACUCCAACAACAAAUCACCACUCAAUAGUCAAAUCUCAACAACAUUUUAUUAAUGAUACUAUAUUAACGAAAUUAUCUCAACGUACUUUAGAAAUGACUGGCACAUCAAUGGAAUCCACACAUGUCCCGUUGAAUUUAACCAAUCAAACUAGUUCACCAGUAGUAGUAGUUCAAUGUGAAUCGAUUAUUACUCAGCCAAUCAAUAAUGAUACAUCAGUACAAGAAACACCAGCGGCGGUAACAGGUGGUCCUUCUGAUAAUAGUCAACCAUUGUUGAUUGACAAUUCAAAAUCGAAUGUGAUAACAACAACAUCAACAAGAAAAUCCAACUUACAAAAUCGUGUCAAUGGUAUAGGAAGUCCUGUAAAAAAUGCUUGGCAAAUGGAUUCACCAGCAAAAGAAAUUGACACAGCAAAAUCAAUAACCUCAUCAUCAUCAUCACUGCAGCAGCAGCAGCCGCCACCGCCAACAACUACAACCACAACCACAACAACAGCGGUUACAACUCCCAAUACCCCGUCGACGUCUACGUCAUCGUCAUCAUCAAUAAUGUCUGCUGUUCAUAAUAAACCUUCUCUACCUGGUCCAAGUGGACCAGGUGGACCGAAUGUCAAUUUGACAGCGGAUUGUUUACAUCCAGUCAGUAAGAGGAAUAAUGCAGUGAAAUCAUUAAACAACAAAGUACCCGCUGAUUCAACAAAGAUUUCAAAUCAAUCGAGAUAUUCACUUGACAGUCGUCGUACAGCAACGUAUCGAUUAAAAAAUCCUCGAAUAAUUAGUAAACUUGAAGAUAAAUUAUUUGAAAAGGUAGAUUUUGUUGAUGACCUUACAUCCGAUCAAAGUAUCACUGAUAAUAGUAAUGAUAAAAUAAAAAAUCAACAAUCAUGUUGUGAUUUGGAAGAUUUAGAAAAUGAUCCAUGUCGUGUAGAAGGCAAUCAUUCUUUGAUGAUGAAUAAUACAAGUAAACAAUUGAAUCGAUCAGGUUCAUUGCCAAAUAUUAGUAAUUUUUUCCCAACUACCAAUACAUUAUCAAAUGCUGUUGAAGAACAUCAUCAUCAACAAACUGAUGAACAAGUUGUAUCACUGGAAAAUAACGAUUUACCUAUUGUUGAUAAUUAUGCUAAUAAUUGUUAUGAUACAAAUAACACAAAUGUACAUCAAGAAUAUGAUCCGCUGACAAAUCCUUUUCAUUUUCGAAGUAAUCAUGAAACAAUGCUUGAAGAGGACAAGUCAACAAUAAUUCAUAGUCAAUGCAAAAGAAAUUUAGAAAUUCAAGAUGAUGAUGAUGAUGACAAGGAUAUUGAAUUAGUACGUCAAAGUAUGUUACAAGUAAUAUUGAAUACAGAUAAAAAUCAUAUGAAUAAUGAUGACCAUGAUGAUCAUGAUGAUGAUGACGACGAAUUGUUAUCGUCGUCAUCCGUAUCAGUUGAUAUCAAUGCAAAUGGUACAAAUUAUUCAUUGACAAUGUCCGAAUUGACUAUUGAACAAUCCUUAUCAGUAAAACAAAAAUUAUGCGCUAAUAAUCAAUCUUGUUCGGUAGAACCAAAGUCAAUUAGUAUGGUUGGUGAUGAUGAAAUUCAAUCAGAACGAAUUAUUAUUUCAUCAAAGAGAAGAAAAUAUUCAUCUAGUCAAGUGUUGAAUUGUAAACAUUUCAAUUUGUCCAGAAAACGAUCAGCGUCAAUUAAUCUGCCCAUUCAACGAAUUACUACUACUACUACUAUGAACAAUGGCCAACAAACUGAAGAAACUUCAUAUAAAAGUUAUACAGAAAUGAAUUCAGUGUAUAGACAAUCACAAAAACAUCAUACUACUACUUCUUGUUCCUCAUUAAAUUGUGAUGAUCAUGAUCAUCAACAUCAUCACAGUGUGAAUCAUCCAGAUGACAUGAAUACAUCAAGUAGUGGACAAUUACGUCAUUUUCUCAAUCGAUUAGAUCAUGUUUCCAUUGAAUGUGAUUGUUUAACGAUGGAUAAUCAUACAACAACCAAAGAGGACAAUCGAUUAUUAUUGCUAUCAGAGGAAAAGAAUACAGAUGAUGAGAUUACGGAAGAAUUAGAAGAUGACGAUGAUGUUGUUGUUCAUGAGUCGCUGUUGACUGACCGAGAAGGAGCAGCAGUAAACACCACCACCACCACCAGCACCACCACUAACACAACAGCCACAUCAUUGAACAUUGAAUGUCAAACUAAUUCAAUUGUCAAUAGUAAUCAUUUGUAUACUAAUAAUCAUGAUAAUCGUUUAGCUCGUGUCACUGAAGUGAAUGAAUCGGAUUUUGAUAUUAGUGAGCAUGAUGACGACAACGAUGUUGAUGAGGAUGACGAGGAUGAGGAUGAUGACGAUGACGAUGAAAGUUUCAGUGAUGAUGACGAUGAUGAUACUGACAGUCUGUUGGAUGAUUCUAAUGAAUAUGAUGCUGCAGCAGCAAUGAGUGAUGAUAAUCAUUCCCUAGCAAAACAUUCAUCGAAAAUCAAUGGAAUCUAUCAAAAGACUGGCAAAACUGGUCGUCGUCAUCAUCAUAAUGAAGAUGACGAUGGUAGUAGCAGUGGUUGUUGUAUUCCAAAAUCGUCAACAACAACAUCAACAAUCAAUCAUGAUCAGUUGGACGGGACACAAUUUCUUCGUUUAGAACAAAUGAGAGCUGAACUAGAAGAAGAAUUAGGCUUUGAAUUGCUAAUUAAAACUUAUAAUAUCAUUCAAUAUACAUUGAAUUCUUCCACUGAGGAACAAACUGCAAAGUUAAUAUUUUCAAAAGAAGCACCAAUUGCUUCAACAAUGCAGGCAUUACAAGAAAAUGAAGAUGAAACAAUUACAGAAAGUGAAAAAAUUGUUACAAAUGUUUUAGGUGAAGAAAAAACACAAAUUUAUUAUCAACGUAUUUUACAAUUGGUUCUAGCUGAUGGUGCUUAUUUAGAUGAUGAAUAA